CUCAGGUCUAAUGGUCGUUUGUCUUAUGUCCUUCCUGUUGUCUGCUUCGUUGACGCCGAAAAAGUAUAUUUAGGUGUUCUCUUUUCUUUCUAUUAAUCUGUUCCCUACCGAAAUCCUUAAUUUAAAAGCGUUUUUCUUAGUUUUUCACCCUCCUAAAUACAUAUACAAAUAUAUUCCUUAGUUUAUCAUAAUAAAUAUUUGUUUAUAUUUUAUUUCAAUUGUUUUUGUCGUUACACUAUUUAUUGUUGGUAAUAUGGAGGACUAGAUUAAUGGUGGAUACGUCGAGAUAUGUUCGAUUCUGAUUGGGAGGAAUGUUGGAGCUGUCGAGUUGCACAAGGCGAGUGAAAAUGGUCGACGUUGUUCAAACAAUUGAUUUUAAAACAGUGAGUGUUUGCAGAGCUGCGAAACGCCUUCGUAGCAGUCGUCCAAUCACCUUUACUGCUGCGCAGGAAUUCUGGAGAGUUCGAUACAUAAAAUGCCAAAGGAGCUCAGGAUCAGUGAAGGUGGCUUCCAAGACGUUAUCAAAAAAAGCUGAAGAUGCGCAAUUGGUAGAUCGGCCGUGUUCACGUUCUACACGAAAAGAUGAGGGCGAAACAGCUCCCACAAGUCUGCUGAAUGAUUCGUCUGUGCGUUUUUCACUGAGAGCAUGAUUGGCAACUUUCGUAAGCGUCUUCAUAAAUGUAUUGAGGAUAUAA